ACGCCCCCCACCGCCUUCCUCUCACCGUUCCGUUUCAUUCCAUCUCCACUCCCGUUCGACACGACACCAACGCGCACCCAGACCGCCCGGCACCCCGCCGCCGCGCGCGCGGUCAUGGCGGCGGCGACCAGCGCCGGUGCGGUGGGCGAGGGUAUGCGGCGGCUCACGCAGCUCUCGCUCGUCUCGAAGGUCUGCUCGGAGCUCGAGGCCCAUCUGGGCGUCGCCGACCGCGUCCUCGCCGAGUUCGUCGUCGACCUCGGCCGCGCCUCCGCUUCCGCCGCCGACUUCGCCGCCGCGCUCAGGGAUCACGGCGCGGAGCUCCCGGACUACCUCGUCCGCUCCCUUCACGCCGUCAUCACCGCCAUCCCCGACCACGCCCCCGCCCCGGCGCCCGCCGCCCAGAACCCCACCUCCCGUGGCGCCGGUAAGGGGAGACGCGGGGACAAGGAGGCGGAGAGUGAUGGGGACCCGGAGCUGUACCAGGUGCACCGCGGGAGGGUCACCCGCGUUGCGGACGCUGGGUGCUUCGUCCGCCUCGACGGCGCGCGCGGCCGCGAGGGGCUCGUGCACGUCUCCCAGAUUCCCGGCCGCCGCGUAUCCGCCACGCGCGGUCAGGAGGUGUUCGUCAAGGUCGUCUCGGUGGACGGCAGCAAGCUGGGGCUGUCGAUGCGAGACGUCGAUCAGGAUUCGGGUAGGGAUCUCCUCCCACUCCGUCGGGGUUCUGGGGAGGACGAUGCGCCGAGAGCCAAUCCACCAGCUGAUCGCGCCAGGGCCGCCGGGAAGAGGAAGGGGGUUUCGGGGAUUUUUGUUCCCGAUGAUGAUGAGGCCGGCCCUGUGCCACGCCGGCCAACUAGGCGGAUGAGCUCGCCAGAGAGGUGGGAGAUGAAGCAGCUGAUUGCGUCGGGGGUGUUGGAUGCCAAGGACUAUCCAGGGAUUGAUGAGGAUGACGAUGGGAUGCUUUACCAGGAGGAACCAGAGGAGGAGCUGGAGAUCGAACUCAAUGAGGAUGAGCCUGCAUUCUUGCAGGGAAAGGGGCGCUCCACGGCUGACUUGUCUCCAGUGAGGAUUUCCAAGAAUCCUGGGGGGUCGAUGAGCCGUGCGGCGGCACUGCAGUCUGCACUUGUUAAGGAGAGGCGUGAUAUUCACACCCAGGAGCAAAGAGGAAUGGUUGAUGCAAUACCUAAGGAUCUUAAUCGGUCGUGGGAGGACCCCAUGUCAGGUGGACGGUACCUGAUGCAGGAGUUGAUGGGCAUGGGACUAACAGCACAGAGUGUGCCAGAAUGGAAGGUGACAUGUGGGAAGGCUGGAACAUAUGGGCAGAGGUCAAGGCUUUCAAUUCAGGAGCAAAGAGAGAGCCUUCCAAUAUUCAGACUCAAGAAGGAGCUGAUUAAUGCUGUUCAUGACAACCAAGUUUUGGUUGUUAUCGGUGAGACUGGCUCUGGGAAAACAACCCAGGUUACGCAAUACCUUGCUGAGUCAGGGUAUACUGCAACGGGUAAAAUUGCUUGUACUCAGCCACGCAGGGUUGCUGCAGAGUCAAUCGCAAAGCGUGUAGCAGAGGAGUUUGGAUGUCGAUUAGGUGAAGAAGUUGGUUACUCUAUUCGCUUUGACGACCGCACUGGGCCUGAAACUGUCAUCAAGUAUAUGACAGAUGGUAUGCUCCUACGAGAGAUUUUGGUGGACAGAGAUUUGUCGUCUUAUUCGGUGGUUAUGCUUGAUGAGGCACAUGAGAGAACUAUCUACACAGACAUUCUCUUCGGCUUGCUAAAGCAGCUAAUUAGGCGGAGAAGUGACCUCAAGUUAAUAGUCACUUCAGCCACUCUUGAUGCUGAGAAGUUCUCUGGUUAUUUUUUUGAUUGCAAUAUUUUCACGAUUCCUGGAAGAACUUUUCCAGUUGAGAUACUGCAUACAAAACAGCCAGAGAGUGACUACAUGGAUGCUGCGCUGAUCACAGUAUUACAAAUUCAUUUGACUCAGCCCGAAGGGGAUAUCCUCUUGUUCCUGACUGGCCAGGAAGAGAUUGAACAUGCUUGUGAGCGUCUCCAUGAGAGGAUGAAGGCAUUUGGUGGGGACAUACCAGAGCUGAUAAUUUGUCCUGUGUACAGUGCUCUUCCUACUGAAGUUCAGUCAAAGAUCUUCGAACCUGCUCCUCCUGGUAAGAGGAAGGUAGUCGUCGCCACCAACAUUGCAGAAGCAUCUAUUACCAUAGAUGGGAUUUACUAUGUUGUUGAUCCAGGCUUUGCAAAGCUUAAUGUCUAUAACCCAAAACUAGGGCUGGAUUCACUGGUUAUCACUCCGAUCUCUCAGGCGUCAGCUAAGCAAAGAGCAGGGCGUGCUGGACGUACAGGCCCAGGCAAGUGUUAUCGUCUAUACACUGAGAGUGCAUAUCGCAAUGAAAUGGUCCCCACAACAACUCCGGAAAUCCAGAUGGCCAACUUGGGGUGGACGGUUAUUAAUAUGAAGGCAAUGGGAAUUAAUGACCUAUUGACAUUUGACUUCAUGGAUCCACCAGCAUCUCAAGCACUCGUGUCAGCUAUGGAGCAAUUGUACAGUCUUGGCGCCUUGGAUGAAGAGGGUCUUCUUACUAGGCUAGGGAGAAAGAUGGCUGAAUUUCCACAGGAGCCACCCCUUUCAAAGAUGCUCCUUGCUAGUGUAGACCUUGGAUGCAGUGAUGAAAUACUGACAAUCAUUGCCAUGAUACAAACUGGGAACAUAUUCUAUCGGCCAAGAGAGAAGCAAGCUCAAGCAGAUCGGAAGAGAUCAAAUUUUUUCCAGCCAGAAGGUGAUCAUCUCACCCUACUCACUGUGUAUGAGGCAUGGAAGGCAAAGGGGUUUUCAGGACCAUGGUGCUUUGAGAAUUUUAUCCAGGUAAACUCCCUAAGGAGGGCUCAGGACGUGCGGAAACAGCUCCUCGAGAUCAUGGAUAAGUAUAAGCUUGAUGUUGUCUCAGCAGGGAACAAUCCCACCAAGAUAGGGAAAGCCCUUGCCGCUGGAUUCUUCUUCCACGCGGCAAGGAAGGAUCCCAGUGGAGGAUACCGGACCCUCUCUGAUCAUCAGCAAGUAUAUAUCCACCCAAGCAGUGCCCUCUUUCACCAGCAGCCGCAGUGGGUGAUCUACCAUGAAAUCGUCAUGACGACGAAGGAGUACAUGAGGGAGGUCACAGCCGUUGACCCGAGAUGGCUAGUAGAGUUGGCACCAAGGUUCUACAGAUCGGUGGACCCGACGAAGAUCAGUAAGCGGAAGCGCCAGGAGAGGAUCGAACCCCUGUAUGAUAGACACAGUGAGCCGAACUCAUGGCGCCUAAGCAAGCGCCGUUGGUGAUUUGUAUUUCCUUUCUUGUAGCUCUGCCAUGUAAUGUUACUCUAGUUGUAGAUAUUAAGCUGCUCUGUUAAUCCAUGUGCUCAGAUGAUUGCAGUGCGGUGUUGCAUGUAUAGUUUUUGUUCCUUAAAGUUGGAAGCCCUGUGAGGCAAAAAGCAUGUUACCACAACAAUUUGUUUCAACUGUUGCAUGGAUUGAAACUAGUUCAAUUUUUACACAUCAAAUCUGGGUAUUGUUGCAUCUAA